ACUCUGGGUUGAACAAAUUACCAAUAGUGAAGUAUUUCUAACAGAAUUAAUAAUUAAGGAAAAGGCGGUUGUUUUUGCAAAAGCCUUGAGUCUAAGCGAUAAUGCUUUAAAAUUUUCUAACGGAUGGAUCUAUAAAUUUAAACAGCGCAAUAAUCUUAGAAAUUUUAGAUUGCAUAGAGAAGCCAACAGUGCAUCACUAUCUUUGCUUCUGGAAUAUAGAGAGAAAUUGUAUAAGUUGAUUGAAGGUUAUACGUUAGAUAAUGUGUUCAAUGCUAAUAAAACAGAGCUCUUCUUCCGUAUGGCACCAGACCAAAUACUUGCAUCCCGAUCAAGACCUGGAUUUAAAAAGGCUAUCACAUCUCUUUAUAAUCACCUAGUUGGUCAUAUCUAA